UUCUCCUCUUUAUUUUUAUAUAGGAAACUAUUGUUAAGAGGCUGUAUAUUGAAUGACUGGCGGAUGCCCUGAAAUCGUCCACACGGCGGAAGCAGCGUCCCCAAUCCACGAAGCUGGCAGCAUGCAGGAUAUGCUUUCAUCAUCUUCUGACGAUCUUUUCAAUCAGAACCCACGCUCGGAAGAAGUCAUCCGGGUGAUUCGCAAUGAAGACGAGCUGAAAGCUGCGUGGACGCUACGCGACAAGUGCUUUCGUUUCGACCGGUUCGUAUCGUUGGAAAGAUACCAGGAGCUCUACCGUGCGGCCCCGCAUCUCUGCUUCGGCUACUUCGAUGGUGAGAAGUUGCGAGGGUUUCUUCGCGGGGCGAGCCAGAAGGCCGACCACUUCACUCCAGAUUUCACAGGUACAGGAAAUGUUCACGACCCAGAUGGUGAAACUAUGGUCCUACAGUUGCUGUGUGUGGAGGAACAUGACAGGAGAAGGGGGAUCGGGAAACCGGGUUGAUGAAAGCUUUCAUCGAUCACGUGAAGGCAAAGGAAACCAAGGUGAAGAGAAUCAUCGUCAAGUGCUACGCAGAGCUCAUCCCUGUAUAUACCAGGGCAGGGUUCACCUUGGUCGGGAGGGUGGAGAUCAAGGCCGGGUCGCGGUA